CACACACUCAGAUUCCAAUUCGUCACAAACCAAAUUCAUCUCUAGAAUGUCACCAACAUUUCAAGAGUUCAUGACUGCCUUCCCACGGAGGCACCGUGGCAGGUCCGUCGCCUUUGUCGAGGCGGCACCGGAGACCUAUAUCAUCCCAUGGGAACUUUCGUCCUGGCAAGAUGGUGAAUUUUCCGAGAGCCCUUCAGAAUACGAGGUUGCUAAUGCAGAAUUGCUGGCUAAGAAGGCGCUCGCUGCUGCAGUAGCAGAGGAUGAGCAGGAAGCAUAUCAGCAUUCGAUCCAGUCAAAGACACUUCAGCCUACAGCGAAGCCCAGUCCUCCUAGAUACAAGCCAUUUCCAGGCGCUCAAAUGGAGAUAAAGCGGAAGCCAGUUGCACAUCGGCUUCCAACUCCUCCUCCAGUCUACGAAGUCCCUCUGGUAGCCCCAACCCAGAUAAAGCGUAAGCCUGUUCCAGCACCCCUUCUUGAGCUGCCUUCGGUUGAGGGUAUCAAGUCAGCUGCCCCAGAGGUACACGACUACACGCGUCGACCAGCCUUGACUCGAGCUGAGACCACCUUUGACGACUUCUUGCCACGCCACAAGACUAAUACAUGGCAAGAAGUCGACAACGCGGACUGGCAACGCCGUCGUGCUCGCUCGGUUGCCGGAUUUGCAACUGAUACUUUGCAAAAGGCGAAGUAUCAAGUCAAGAAGGCUGUUGGGCGCUCAUAGAAAUAGAUUGGUUGUAGGAAGCUUUGGUUGUUUGAGGGUGGUGGUUUGUGUUGAAAUAUAAUUAACUUCUUCAAUAAUAUAUGAAUGCUUUCUCGUGUCUAUACUCUCGUGUUAGUGCU